CGUCAUUCAUUACACCCCAGCGCUGGUUCACAGAUGACAUUGCGACAACACCCAUUGGUGACAUUAUCUGAGGCAUUCACCUUCGAUCAGUGAUAUCUCGAAUUCAUCAGAUUGACGUUACCAAUAUUUCGAUUUUUCGUAAAUCAGUCACGCAAACUUGGCGUUCUCAUAGCCACCCAUUUAGACCCCUGCCAGCCUACCUACGUACUUGCGACGAUUCACACAAUGCCAACUACCAGGCGAUCAACAGGAGGAGGCCGCGCCAGACCUGGCCCGGCGCGAGGACAGUCGACCAUCAGCUUCUCCAACAGAGUGUCGAAGCCCGUGCCAAAGGACACCAAGAAAACAGUGGCUCUUUCCUCUGCCAUUGACCGAUCCGAUAUCGCCAAGCCAAGCAACAAGGAGCACAAGGAUAUCGAGGAGAUCCAGAUCGAGGACCCCGCGCAGCCCGAGAUUGCGGAGGCGGAGGUAAAGGAAGAAGUGCCCGAAAAGUCAGAGGCCGAAGUGAGGGCCGAGAAGAUCAGCGACGCCCAGAUCAACAAGUACUGGAAGUCGAUCGAGGCUCAGCGCAUUGCGCCUAGGGUGCACCAAGGUGAUGUGAGUCUUUCUGAGAGGGUUUUGCGAUACUUUGACGUUAGCUCUCAAUAUGGUCCCUGCAUCGGCCUCCAGCGCAUGAAGCGGUGGCAGCGCGCGGAGAGACUAGGUCUCAACCCGCCAAUCGAGGUACUUGCGGUACUUCUAAAGGAAGAGAAAAAGGGCCACGCUUCGGAGCGGGCUCACUUAGACGAGCUUAUGAACUCGACAGCGGUCGGAGCCUCAUAAUUGUAGAGGAUCCCAGCAAGCAUCUGCAAAUAUCAAAAAGGUCAAAAGAGUUCACCCCCCCGGUGCUGAACUGGGGGCUACAUCUCUUGGUGCUCAUGCUGGGAAAUUUCUGGGUGCUCAUGCUGGGAUUCGAACUCGGUACUCGUAUGCGCUGAGCCUGUCGUCGAGUAGGCUGGUUGGCGAUUUAAUUGUUGGCCAUUAACCAUUCCACCACCCACGCCACAGUUUGACCUGACCCCCGACCUAGGGGGCGCCUGCUGUGCUGGUGACAGGAAUGGGAUCGAAGGGGUAUAGGAAGGCUCUGGUCGUGGCGGGAUGGCAUCGGAUGAAAGUUUGGUAGUGUAUUCGUGGACCUUUGGGGGGUGACCAAGGGGGGAAGGCACGGGUUGCUGACCGGGUGACCGUCGAGGUACCUCCUUCUCGCGAAAACCAUGUGCGAAUAAGCAGACGGAGUUUGGAGUUUCUAGCGGUUCGAUGGCUUUAACUGAUCGGUUCUUUGAGGAGUAGAACACGAGGCAUAUGCGACACGGGG